UCAGAUUGCUUUGUGGCUGUCGUAAACUAGCCGAGGUUUACUUUGACAGGUUGCCUGGCGGAAUGACAGCCCAUUCUUUGACACAUUGCUAAAUUUUAAGUUUUCUCUUGUAGAGUAUUUCAAUACGGAUAUAUUCCCGUCUUCAUCCAUCUUCCGCCCGAGUCGAUCUGUCUGCCAUACAACAAUAUAAGAAUCUCGGAUUUGUUUAUGCCAUCCGGAUACAUAUUGACGGAAAAACAGGGUGUUUUCAGUAGCCACGGACAAGACGGAUAUUCCGGAAUCGGAUACUUAGUAGCCUUUGCCUUGGACUGCGUGAAACGGGUCCAUGGCUCAAAGGUUGGAAAACGAUUUCCCGGCCCACUAUGGCGGGGCCCUGGCCGGUAUGGAGAGCAUGUACGACCCUCAUCGGACUUCUAUCCCCAGUGGACACUCUAUACCCCCACACAGUAGUGUAAAUCAUGGGGGAUCUAUGCAUAGUUCUUACCCUCCAUACUCAACAAGUAACUCAAUGACGAGUAUGGGGACAAAUUCAACACAGGACAGUCAAUUAAAACGGGAUAAAGACUCGAUAUAUGGGCACCCGUUAUUCCCAUUGUUGGCGCUCAUAUUUGAGAAAUGUGAAUUGGCAACGUGCACACCCCGAGAGCCCGGGGUUGCUGGCGGGGACGUGUGCUCAUCAGAGUCUUUCAAUGAAGAUAUAGCAGUUUUUAGUAAACAGGUCCUGGCACGAUCGGAUAAACCCUUAUUUUCAUCAAAUCACGAGCUGGAUAGUCUGAUGAUACAGGCGAUUCAAGUUCUACGUUUCCAUUUAUUGGAGUUAGAAAAGGUUCACGAAUUGUGUGACAAUUUUUGCCAUCGAUAUAUUAGUUGUUUAAAGGGCAAAAUGCCUAUAGACUUAGUGAUUGAUGAACGCGAGGGUACAGGAAGUACUACGUCAAAAAGCCCGGAAAACCCGGACCCUACAGACCUGCAGGACCCGAGAUCACCUUCAUCACAGAACAAUAAUUUACCUCCCUUUUCAUCACCGGACGACGCUCAGUCGACACGCUCCAAUGAUACUCCAGUUACUAGUCAAUCUAAUACAAACUCAUCUCAAAAUGCUGAUAAUAACAGUGAAGCAGGGGACUGUUUAGACAACAGUGUUGGUUCUGGCGAGGGUACCGCCGACGAAGACUGUGAAGACAGAAACCCAAAACGACAGAAAAAGCGCGGCAUUUUUCCAAAAGUUGCUACAAAUAUCAUGAGAGCGUGGCUCUUUCAACAUUUAACUCAUCCAUAUCCGUCAGAAGAACAGAAGAAGCAGUUAGCACAAGAUACAGGUUUAACUAUAUUACAAGUAAAUAAUUGGUUUAUAAAUGCUCGAAGACGAAUAGUUCAACCAAUGAUCGACCAGUCAAAUAGAGCAGCUCCAGGGGCUCAUGCAGGGUACAAUCCAGAUGGAUCUCUAGCCUGGGAGAACCAGCAUAUGCAAAUGGGUGCUCAUGGCAUGUACAGGGUACCAGGUAUGCCAGGAAGUGAGAUGUACGACCCAAUGAAGGCUGGUUAUCCACACAUGGAUGGUUCCCAGCGUUAUGAUAUGCUAGGAAUGCAUGGAGCAGAUAUGUAUGGAGCUCCACCUGUCAGUAGUUCAUACUCACAAAUGUCACAGCUUCGCGGACACGGCACAAACUCUAUGCUCAUACCUGGCCACCCUCAUCAUAUGAUGAUGGGUGCCCAUGGAGCCCAUGCGAUGAGCCCACAUGGAAUGUCCAUGGGCUCAACACAAAGCCCACCUCUACACAGCAGCAUGGACUCUAUGGGACACAUACAAGAUAUUCACGCGGGUUAGCCAAAACUUUUGUGUUUAGGUUGGGUUUGCUUUUUUAAUAUAAAAUACACGUGAUGAAGUGAAAGUUAUGUAGUGUUGUGAACAGGGUGAAACUUUUGUAUUAAUAUUAUCAAAAAAAGUAUUAUUUUCCAAGGGAAAAGAUUUUCAUCUGUGGACAAUGGAACGAUACUGUCAAAAGGUGACAGGACGGGACUGAACCUUGUUACGCAGAGCUUAUGCUUUUUCUGCACGAAUAUACAUUCAUCGUAAUACGGGUGAAUAUUUAUCUUUCUUUGAGUACGAGACAAUGAUGUGAAACUAUGGUGAUUGACAGCAAGCAAUAUAACAGACAAACAAAUCACAGAGUACUGCUGAUAUAUACACAGGGUUUGCAGAUUUCUUGUCCAUGGAAUCGGCAAAGUAAAAAAUACAGUUGGGGAAUCUUCAGGGAAUUAAAUUCCCCUGAGUCUGAUUUUAAAUGAAGAUAGAAACAUUUUUACCCAUAAUGCUAAGCAUUUGGGUGUCAAAGGUCAUGUAGCAGCAUGUUCAGCUAUGGUACUUUGGUGCAGGAAGGAGCUACCAUGUGACAUGGGCGUGAUAUCUGAAAAUAUGCUCGCCCGUUUCCACAAUAAACGGUUGUUCCAGCCAGAACUAGUCAUAGAAUACAAGUGCUGAAUGCUGGAUGAUUCUACAUUCAAUGUUCUGCUAGAAAAAAAUCUUUGUUGUACUGUUUCUUGCUGUUGAGUUAUUGCCCUUUGUUACACAUUAUUCAGUAGAGUAAUGUUCCCUUUGUUACUUGAUGUUUUUACUUCCAGUAUUGCCUAGUCUGAUAUAUACAGUUGAUUUUGGUUUGAAUUCUUCUUAUGUGUGCUUUUUUUGAAUUCUUGGCUUCACUAUAAUGUGCUGUUAUUUUUAUUUGUUUAUCUUUUGUUUCUUUUUAUACACUAAAAACUUACGAUGUGCCAAUGUGUUAUCAUUUAUGUUGAAUAUAAAAAAUGAAUGAUAUUUUUCUGUCACUUGAAAAAGUGAAAAUUAUAAAAAAAAAAAAUGGUCAAUGGUGUGUAACUUUUCAAAAAAAGAACCACAGAAAUUUGAACAAUAUUUAGAAAUGUUUUGUUUCUUUGGCAGUACAUUGUUGAAUCUGAAAAGUGGAAUAUAGUGGUUGUGUGACCGCUUACCAAAACUAUGAACUUAUUUUCUGACAAUGAACGCGAAAUUUUCUGACAAUGAACACUAUAUUUACUGACAAUGAACACGAUAUUUUUGAUUUAAACACUGAAGUCUUACUUAUUUUAAGUGUACGUGAAGGGCAAAUGUUGGGAAACAAUGGAACUAUUCCAUUUAAUUGCUUGUUUCUUUUUUGUUUUUGGUUUUUGGUUAUAUAUAUUGGACAAUUUUGCUGAAAAACAGAAGGUUACCUCAUUUUUUAAAAAUUUUAAUACAUUUUUUGUCUAAAUGAUGCUAACAUGAAAAAAUAUAUGUUUAUAUUCUGAUAUUGUGUUAAGGUGUUAUAAAUUAUUUACUAGAUUUUCAGCCAAAACUAAAACCGUGCUUACACUUUCCUCAAAAAUACGUACACAGGUCAUCACUUGUAUUAUAUUGCUUAUGAGAAAAAGUAUUCGGUAUUCUAAAUUUAUCCAAAAAAUAUAAGGUAGAUCUAAAUAAGUUGGAGAAUUUCUAUUUCCCAGGGUUUUUUUUAUAUAAAAGAAAGUUAAACAUGACAUAUUUCAAAAUUCUUAUAAUACUACUUGAUUUAGAUGUUAAAGGUAUAGUUUUAACUGAGGGUGUUUAUAAGGUUUUUAUAGCAUGGUUGACAAAAAGGGUAAAAAUCUAGUAUUUAAUUUAUUGGCAUAUUUGUCCAUGACAUAAUUUUAAAAUGUAGCUAAAAUAGCAUUCCACCGUUGAAGUUGAAAUUCAUGUCUGUACUAAAACAUGAAACAAACUGAGGAAGCAAUAAAGUUACACAAUUAAAUUGUUUUUUUUUUUUUUAAUAAAUAUUGUUAAAAUUUCAUAAGCAAUAAACCGUCAGCUUUGUCUGUAAAUGUAGUAAUAAAACAUUCAGUUUCUGUGUUAAUUAUUGAUAAUUAUAUUAAUACAUGCACUAUUAAAGUCACAAUUGAACACAAUAUAAAUACCAAGAACAUCAUCCAUGAACACCAUGACUUUUGAGAUGCUUGAUUAAAUUUUUUUUACGUUUUGUUUAAAAUAAUUAUACAUCUGCAAUGAUGUUUUUCUGUCUCCCAACAAAAACACAAAAAUACACCAAAAUGUUGGGAAAUAUCUUCAUUGGCCAAUUAUUAAUAAAUUAUGUGAUCAACCAUGUUUUAAUUUGUUGAAGAUUGGGAAAAAUCUGAAUACAAUUUCUCAAUUAUUUUCAAAAUAAAUGCAACAGAACAAAUUUUUUUAUCAUAUAAUUUGUAUUUACUGUUAAAAGUACAUGAAUCUUUUUUUUUGUAACUGCAUAAAACAUGGGAUUCUAGAAACAGGCAACAAAAUACAGUUUAAAAAUAAAGUCUUUUUUGAGAAAGCUUCAUCCUUACCUAUCUUCAGAGAUAUUUUAUAAUUUGAAUGAAGAUAAUUAAAAUAUGUAAACUGUUUGAUUAUGCCAUUUUUAUUUACUCAGUUGAAAAGAAUUCUUAUUUGUUCAAUCUUCAAGCAUUUGAAAAGAAACACAUGUUUCAUGCAUACAUUAUAUACAUAGAUGAUACAAUGAUUUUCAAACUUGCUUUAACACAGAUUUAUUCAAAAUAAGCCAAGUUGCAUAAAUUUAGUAUCUUCCUGUAAACUUGCAUGGUACAAAAUUGGUGCAGUGCUAUAUAUUAUUCCAGUUACUCUGAAAAUUGACUGUGUAGUUUAGAACAUUAGAAAAUAUAGAAAAAUAGAAUUAAUAUGCUGUUGUACAAAUUGUAAAUUAGUGGAGAACACACUUAAAAGGAGGUUUCACUAGCUUUGUAUAAAAGAGUUGAACCCUUCAUGUUUCGCAUUGCAUAAAAGGUCAAGGUCACCAAAAUGAUAUUCAUAAUGGAUACAAUUCAAGAUUUUGUAAAUAUUAAGCGUUAAAAAUGUAAUUGGUACCCAUUAUGUUUAUCCAGGUAUAAUUUGAAUGGGUAAUUUUGAGGGGACACACAGUGUAGUGUAUAUAGAUAUAAUAAAUAGCUGGAAAAAAUCUGGUAUCCCCUUAAAGUUUUCCAUUGAAUUGGUGCACGCAUUAUUCAUGUUUUUGUUACUGAAGAUCUGAGAAUGGCUAUAUGCUGCCAAAUUGUGAGAAUGUAUAUGUAUGAAAGAAUGUUAAUAUCUACUGUUGUUAAUGUCCCAUCUAAAACUACAAAUUAUUGAAUUAACAGUAUUGUAUUGUUUUUACAUUUUGUUUCCUAUUAUUCUGUUUCAUUUCACUUGUACUGAGGGAUGAGGCAGGGUGAAUUUCUAUCACUCUUCCUAUUUCUUUUAUCAUUAUGUAAAAUAACUGAAAAUGGAGUGUUUCAAAACGUUGCUGCAUACAAUUAUUCAAUCAGUGUGCUUAUCAAAAUCUCUUAUUUUUAGGCAAGAUAGCACUAAAUUGUUGCUUUUAAAGUGUUUUAAUAUUGAUUUCUGUUUUCAAAACAAAACAUUGGAGUAGACUAUUUACUGACAUGAGAUAUAUUGCUGUCCUUUUAUACUGUAUUGAAAAACAGAGAAAAUUAAUGUAAGCAGAUACUUGGCAGUAUAUAAGUGUCAUUUGAAAGCUAUUAAAAAUUUCGUUGUUGAAAUGAUUUAUGCUUUAACUGUUUAAAAAAAGCAUUGACCAGAAUGCCAUUUGAAUCAUAAAAUUUUAUGAAAGUAAUAUACACAACCAUGUAAGCUUUAUUCUUGAAAGUUUCAAGAAAAAAAGCCUCCAGGGUAAAAUCGUUCUGGCGUAUUGCAGUACGAUAGUACAUGCUGUAUAUAAAUAGACAUAGAUACAUCAGUCUAGGGUUAAUACCCUUAAACAUGUCUUUUCAUUAUAAUAAGUGAAUUUAUAUUAAAUAAUAUACUGACAUCCUUCCAUCAAAUUCCAUGAAUAAAUUACAAUGCAUAGAUAAAUAAUGUCUGAAUUCAUAAUCAUUGUGGUACAAAAGGUCAUAAAUUUAUUCAAAGCUACUGUUAUUCUAGUUGGAAAAACUCGUUAACAUUUCUAUAGUUAACAUAAACUGACAUUAAGGAAAAGAAAAUUUUCAAAACAUUUUAUCUUGUAAAAAUUCUCAUUUUAAUAUUAGUGAAUGAUAAUUAAAACGUAUUCAAGUGUCAAAAUGAUAUUCUACCACUUGAAAUGAGUACGGUAUCUAAUAUAUUCCCACAAGUACUUAUCUUACUUUGUUAAAAGUCAACUACUACCUAUAGUCGUCCCCCCAAAUUUCACAUUCAGUCGCCAAUUUUUUCUGAAUUCCUUAUGAAAAUCAGAUUCCUAAAAAGUUUAUUAUACUUUAGUAAGCAAGAAACACACCCUUUUGUUCCGUAAUUAUCACAGGAAUCGUGCACUUCCACCAUACACUAUGUAGAUGACAAGGUUAGUAAUUGUAACUCAUUUACUAUUUUGAACAGACCCAAUCUUAACUGAUUGACAAUACCUUGAAAUAUUUUUUUAUUAGAACUAUAUUAUGCAAAUGUUAUUCCUUGCCAAAUGUUAUAUAGCAUGGAAGAAAAACAAAUAAAUUGCUAAAUGCGCCAUCAAUGGACAUACGAUCGGACAGAUAGCAUGGCAUUGAAUCAAUCAAAUAAUAUGUAUCAACUAUUCUAUACCAUAAUGUUGUUUAACACUAUCCGUCAGCAAAAUUUGAUCUUGUCAGAGGCACUAAUCUUAACUAGAUAGCAAGUUCAUUGUGAAGUCCCUACCUGUACUUUAGUACUUAAAUCUUGCUUAUCUCUUCCAUAAAGGGUUCACUGUCGGCUUUCUUCUGUUAUAUACAAAUAUUUUAAAGAAAGAUAUUGUAACAUAAGAAAACACUAAAUGAUAAAUAAUCACAUCUUAAUAUAUCCUCACUGCUGUAUGGUACAUAUCAACAUGUAUUUUUGUCAACACUUAUCAGUAUUAUUCAUAAUUCACCCAUUAAGGUUGUUGUUCACUUUGACUAUUUUGAUGUAAAACUGUUAUUUUAAGUAGUAGGAUACCUUGCUUAUAAAGCAUGAUUAUGAACUGAUUUUGUCUUUAAUGUAACAUUGACCUCUAUCAACUAAAGUAAAUGUUCAAGCUGAAAAGUACUGGAAUGUCAUACUGUAUAGUCUGUUUACUUUAGCCUGCUAAAUGCCUAAAAUGAACUGGUCCAUCAUUCAUUUUGGGCAGUACCAUUUAUUAUUCGAAGGGGUGUUCACUGAAAAUUUACUAUCUGAAUAGCGAACAGUGCAGACCAUGAUCAGACUGCACGGAUGUGCAGGCUGAUCUUGGUCUGCACUGGUCGCAAAGUCAGUAUCGCUUGCCGCCAGCAGGGUUAAUUUAAUUUCUGCUACAGGUAUCCUGCUAUCUUAAGGGACACUUGAUAAUUCAUGGUUUUAUCACAAUUUACAUCAAAAUACACAUCUGUCAUACCAAAGAAUACUGUGUAUGAAAUUAAUUGUAAAAUGGAAAUCCUUUAUAGUACAAAUAUAGCAUAAAUACCCAUUGGAUUCAAUAAAAAGUAGGUAAAUAUGUUCAUAACGUCAAAUAAUUUUGACAUUUUACACAAUUCUGUUUGCUUUAUGCAGUUCUAGUAUUCUUCAGUUGUUAUGGAGAGCACCUGUACUUAGCUAUAUUAUCAACAGAAGUGUGCUGAAAUUACAUAUAUGCGAAUAUGUAAACUUAUAGAAAUUUCUACUUGUCGUUACAGCUCCACUUCUUACAUAAAUUUUACUGUAACUGGAUAGGUUUAAAGUUUAUAGUUACAUAAAACUUGAGCAGAGUUUCUACCAUUAGAAAUAAAUGAUGAUAUUAAACAAUAAAUUCAUGACUGGAGUCUUAUGGUAAUUAAACAGUCACUGCCCUUUUAAUCAAUUAGAUAUGCUUUAACAUGAUAUAGGGAGAAAAAAAAAACUGAAAAAAAAAAUCCAUCAACGUAUUCACAAUAUCAUUGCACAUUCAUUAUCAUGCACUUCAAUUAAUGAAAUUAAAAAAGAAAUUAAUUUAAUGUAACAAUCUAAAUAAAACUUAAAUUAGAAAUUUCUUACAAGCAAACAAUGUCCCAAAAUUCUAUUUUGUUGUAAAUCUGUUACGCAGAAAUGGCCUAAGCUGUCCGACAAAGUAUUAAGAAAACAACAACAAAUAUAUAGCCGACAAUCAUUGUCUACCCCUGCAUACAAAGUAGAACUGCGAAAAAAUACUCAAUGGAUGAAUUUAUUGUAACAAUAAAAUGUUUAAAAAAAAUGAAUGUUUUCACUUUUUAAAAAAUUCUUCCUGACUUGAAUCAAAUAUGAAGAAGUCUUCCAGAUGUUACUGAGCAAAUCAAACAUAAUUUCUGUGCAGUGAAAAUUGCACAAAUUAUUUGAAUAAUCUAUCUAUGAGUUGCUAUGUUAAGUAUUUAUUGUAAAAUGUUCUAGUAAUGAACUCUAGAAUAUAACAAGAAAUGAUGCAAGAAACAAUAUAUAUAUAUACUAGUUUAUAUGAUAUUAGGUCACAAAUUAGCUAGCAUAAAGCCACAGCAUUAAAUGUAAAUCAAACGUGAUCUUUAAAGCAACUUAAAAAUUAAAUGUAAGAUUUCUUAAUUCAAUGGAUGUUAAUUUUCUCAAUAAGAAAGACAAAAUGUUUUAUUUCAUAAAAUAAGUUACUUGGUACAAACAAUUUUAAAGUCAUUUGAAUAUUCAUAUUGAAGUGUUUGACAUUUUAACAUUCAAAUAAAGGAAAUGACAGUAUUAGAAAUAGAAAGUUUUAAAGAAUAUUGCACAUAUGUUUAUUUCAUUUGUUUGUGAUUGUGAAAUUUAUAGCAUCAAGGAAAUAUCAUCAAAUUAGACAAGGACAGUAAUUAACAUUUUAAAUAUUAUAUAUUCCGUUUGCAGUUAAUGUAUUGUUUUAUUGUUGAGCAAUUUGCAUAUUUAAGUAAAGAUUUAAAUGUGAAUUUAAUAUUGUAAAUUGCUGUUGUUUUUAUGAGUGUUCAUUAAGGUAUAAUUGACAUUUUCAUAAAAUAUAUAUUUGACAGGAUAUCAAUCAAGCUCUGUGGUCUGGUAGGUGGCUUGUAAAUUCUUCUUCCCAUUAAAACUUUAACUUACAUACUUAGCAGUUUCAUGCUAUAAUAAUGUAUCUACAUUUCACCAUCAUGGCACGAAACCUUUUUAUUUGUAUAUAAAUUUAGAUACAAUUACUUUCAUGUUUGGACGACAUGUCUGUUGAGGUCUUCCAACCUAUGAAUCUCAUUUAAGAGAGGGAAUGCGGCCAACUCAGUGUAAAAAAUAUCCGCCUUCUUGCAUUAUAUAUGAAAAAUGUGCUAUUACUUUUUGCCCUGGCUCUGAUAUAUUUUUCCUUUUCAAUAUUUCAUCAUUUUUAUUGAUAUAUAGAAGAUGAAAAUGUGAGGGUUUAUAACUUAACUUAAUGCGUAUCAAAAGGGUAAAACGAUUUUUUAUGAGAUCAUUUAUGUAGUCAAACAUGAAUUUUGGAUCUCUUCCUGUCUUUAUGUAUAUAUCUUGCUGUAAGUAGAAAUAAUUUUAUGUGAGGUUACAGAAUAUUUAGAACAAAAGUUAAAUGGAGAAAAAAUAGAAACUAUUUUGGUUUAAAGCUAUCCAUGCUUGGGGGUCAAUAUGUUACCUCACUAGAAAAAGAUGUUAAUUUCCAUAUAAUGGCAACUGAUUUUAAAGAGAAGUACACACACAGGGACCAGUAAUAACUAGGUAUAUACAGAAAGACUCCUGCAAACCGUCCAUUGUUGUUUUUUUUGCAUUCGUCAUUUAUCAGACAAUACACUAUUAUCUUACUAUAGAACAUCUGUCCUUUAGUAGAUCUAUGCCUCAUUUUCAAGCUCAUUCACCAACACAGUUACACUGUUCGAAAAAUAUGACUGAAAUAUCUUGAAUCCUGUGAAAAUAAGGCACAUGGACAAGACCGCUGAUACUGGCUCCUUAAAUUAUAAUAUGACAGAUGGAGAUUUUUUUAAAUAGAAUUUUUGAUCAAACGUGACACUUUUUCUUGCACUUAAUAAAGGCAAUGCUGAUGUAAGAAAGAAACUGAAUUAAGUGGAUCAAAAAUAAGUCAAAUAUGUCAUACUUUUACAUUGCUGACUUAGGACAAGAAUAAAAAUGCAAGAAAAGUUACUGUUAAUAUACAUGCGGUGAAAAAUGUGGAAAAUAUACUACUGACAUAAAACACCACACUGAAACACCAAGCUCGGGUUUCAGUUGUUCUGUUCAUAUUGUAGACCCUUCUUCAAAUUUCUUCUUCAGAUAAGACUAAGCAACCAUUUAAUUUUUUAUUACUUUUUUGCAUAUAUCAAUUCUUCAGUUUUCUGAAAUAGAAUUUACAUUCAUGGAACCUUCCCAAAAUGCCUCGAUGCCUUUUGACCUUAAUUGUUACUACUUAAUCUUUAUGAUCACAAGUUACAAAAUGAAGAUAAAUCCUGUGCAUUAUUAUAUAAUUUUUGCAGAACUAGAACAAAAAUACUGUAUAAACAGUUUCAUUGAUUUGCUACGGUAGUUCUAUUUUAAUGUAACUACGAUAUAAAAAAUGUGAAAAACUGCAUAAGAAACCAAACUUCAUUGUAUAAUGAAAAAAAAAGA